AUGGGUUCUCAUUUGAAUUCUGUACGUAGAUUGUUAUGCAUGUUUGAUGCUACUUGUGAAGUUCUUGAAAAAAACACCGAAGAAGGUAAUUUCUUCACUCGUGGUGAUGCUAGUGCUGCUUAUGAUGCUAUCAUAUCCUUUGAAAUUGUCUUUGUUUUGCAUUUGAUGAGAAAUAUUUUGGAAGUUAGUUAUGAUCUUUGUCAAGCUUUGCAACGAGAAAAUCAAGACAUAUUGAAUGCUUUAACUCUGGUUUCUACUACGAAAACUUUAAUCCAAAGAAUGAGAGAAUCAAGUUGGGAGGAUUUCAUAAAAGAAGUUAUAUUGUUUUGUGAGAAACAUGAAGUUGAAGUUCCUCAUAUGAAUGCAUUGCAUAUUCCUAGAAGAGGCCGGAUUCACAAAAUUGUUUAUCAAAUUUCAGUAGAGCAUCAUUACCGUGUUAAUUUAUUUAUGGCUGUAAUUGAUACACAAUUGCAAGAGCUUAAUGGAAGAUUCAAUGAUAAUAUGGUGGAAUUGCUUACUUUAAGUUCAACUUUAGAUCCCAAAGAUAAUUAUAAGUUCUUCAGUGUCAACAAAGUAUGUGAAUUAGUAGAACGGUUUUAUCCAGGUGACUUCAGUGACCAAGAGAAAUUUCACAUUAGAAUGCAAGCUCAACAUUAUGAACUUGAUGUUCCUAAUCAUGUUGAAUUAACUAACUUGUGUACAAUUUCGGAGUUAUGUCAAGGAUUAACGAAGACAGGAAAGUCUUUAACAUAUCCUUUGAUUGAUCGCUUGAUUCGCUUGGUAUUAACUCUCCCUAUUUCAACUGCUACAACUGAGAUAUCUUUUUCAGUUAUGAAUAUUGUGAAGAAUAGACUCAGAAACAAAAUGGAAGAUGAAUUGCUUGCUAAUUGUCUUUUGAUUUACAUUGAGAAGAAGAUUGCUAAAAGAUUUGACACAGAUUCUAUUAUCGAUGAAUUUUAUGAUAUGAAGAAUCGACGUGUAUCACUUCGUUAA